CCCGCACCGGGCGGCGGCGCGGCACGGCUCGGCGCGGCUCCGCUCCGGGAGGCUCACGGGGCCGGGACAGGAUGGCGGCCCCCGAGGCCGGCAGCACAGGUGGGGUGAUCAGCUACGUGGGCUCCAGCGGCGCCUCUCCCACCCGCACCAGCCCCGUGUCCCUCUGCAGCGACAGCUCCAACGGCAGCUCCCAGUCGGGCUCGCAGCCCUUCCCCACCUACUUCCCACCGUCACCCACCGGCUCCCUCCAGGAUUCCCGCGCCUAUGGUGGAGCCACGCUGGCCCCCCAUGAAGACGGUUCCCCUUCCUCCUCCUCCUCAUCCUCCUCCUCCACCUCCUCUUCCUCGUACGGCUCCUCGGUGAAUUUCCCCGGGGUUCAGCCGGUCCCCGCGGACGAGCGGCGCCGCAGCUCGCCAAGCAAAGCCGGCAGCACCGUCACGAAGCUCAACGGCAUGGUGCUGCUCUGCAAGGUCUGCGGGGACGUCGCCUCCGGCUUCCACUACGGCGUCCACGCCUGCGAGGGCUGCAAGGGCUUUUUCCGCCGCAGCAUCCAGCAGAACAUCCAGUACAAGAAGUGCCUCAAGAACGAGAACUGCUCUAUCGUCCGCAUCAACCGCAACCGCUGCCAGCAGUGCCGCUUCAAGAAGUGCCUGCUGGUCGGCAUGUCCCGUGAUGCCGUGCGCUUCGGGCGCAUCCCCAAGCGGGAGAAGCAGCGGAUGCUGGCGGAGAUGCAGAGCGCCAUGGGCGGCAUGGCCAGUGCCCCACCGCCGAUGCCGGGGCCCGGCGAGGGUCCCGCCGCGGCCCCCGUUGUCGGUGCCCCCCCCCUUCUGUGGCAGCAAGAGCCCCGCAGAGCCCGGGGGAGUCCCCGGUGCCCGCUGACCCCUGGUCACCCGCAGGCGUGCCCCAUGAACAGCCACGUGCCCGGCCGCAGCGGGCGCUCCGUGCAGGAAAUCUGGGAGGAUUUCUCCCUCAGCUUCACCCCCGCCGUCCGCGAGGUCGUGGAGUUCGCCAAGCACAUUCCCGGCUUCCAGGCGCUCUCCCAGCACGACCAGGUCACCCUGCUCAAGGCUGGCACCUUUGAGGUGCUGAUGGUUCGCUUCGCGUCGCUGUUCGAUGUGAAGGAGCAGACGGUGACGUUCAUGAGCCGCACGCGGUACGGGCUGGAGGAGCUGUGGGCCAUGGGCAUGGGCGACCUCCUCGGGGCCAUGUUCGACUUCAGCGAGAAGCUCAGCGCCCUUGAGCUCAGUGAUGAGGAGCUGGGGCUCUUCACUGCCGUCGUCCUUGUCUCGGCAGACCGCUCGGGCAUGGAGGACACGGCAUCAGUGGAGCAGCUGCAGGAGACGCUGCUGCGGGCCCUGCGCGCCCUCGUGCUGAAGACGCGCCCGGCCGAGACCUCGCGCUUCACCAAACUGCUGCUGAAGCUGCCGGACCUGCGGGGAUGA